AGCUGGACUGCACACUACUUACGCUACCCUACGCUACCUCGGUACAUAUAUGAUAUACGACAUCUAUACGGAUUAAAGUUGAACAAUAUUCUGGGAAGAUGGCUUACGUGGUGCCGAUUCAUCGGGCGAGUAGUAUUCGGAAUGCGCUCAAGUUGCAUUUCAUGAAUGCGGAGGAGGAGACGCUGGUUGUUGCAAAGGCGAACCGUCUCGAGAUAUACUCCCUUACGCCGGAAGGGCUGAACCUGGCAGCGUCAUGUUCUCUCUUCGCGAAAGUGACUAUGCUAGCUCGGCUUCCUGCGCCUGCGAACUCGCCUACGGAUCAUUUGUUUGUUGGGACGGAUCGAUACACCUAUUGUACGUUAUCGUGGGAUGGGGAGAGGAAUCAAAUCCGGACGGAGAGGAACUACGUUGAUAUAUCUGAUCCGUCGUCGCGGGAGGCGCAGACGGGAAAUCGGUGCUUGAUUGAUCCUAGUGGACGGUUUAUGACGCUCGAGGUCUAUGAGGGUGUCAUUGCUGUUGUGCCGAUUGUGCAGUUGCCCAGUAAGAAGAGGGGGAGACAGGUUGCUCCGCCUUCGGGACCGGAUGCGCCUCGGGUUGGGGAGUUGGGCGAGCCGACGACGGCGAGGAUUGAUGAGCUGUUUGUGCGCUCGUCUGCGUUCUUGCAUGUUCAGUCGGGGCCGCCUAGGUUGGCGUUGCUCUAUGAAGAUAAUCAGAAGAAAGUAAGGCUUAAGGUUCGCGCGUUGCAUUAUAGUGCGGCGACGGCGAGUACGGGGGCCGAUGCGGCGUUUGAGGAGUCGCUGGAUGGGUUUUCGCAGGAAUUGGAUCUCGGAGCGUCGCAUCUCAUACCGGUUCCGGCGCCUUUAGGUGGUCUGCUUGUUUUGGGAGAGACGUCCAUCAAGUAUGUCGAUACGGAUAGUAACGAGAUUGUGUCGCGUCCUUUGGACGAAGCAACAAUUUUCGUGGCUUGGGAGCAGGUAGAUAGUCAGAGAUGGCUUCUAGCUGAUGAUUAUGGAAGACUGUUUUUCCUGAUGCUAGUCCUGGAUUCUAACAACCAAGUACAAUCCUGGAAGCUAGAUCACUUAGGGAAUACCGCUAGAGCUUCGGUGCUGAUAUAUCUCGGUGGCGGAGUUAUCUUCGUAGGAUCUCACCAAGGGGAUUCGCAAGUUCUUCGAAUCGGCAAUGGCUCGUUGGAGGUCAUCCAGACGCUCUCCAAUAUUGCGCCCAUUCUCGACUUUACCAUCAUGGAUCUUGGAAAUCGUACCAGCGAAAGCCAGACACACGAGUUUUCAUCGGGCCAGGCUCGCAUUGUGACCGGUUCGGGGGCAUUCGAUGACGGAACCCUUAGGAGUGUUCGCAGUGGUGUCGGCAUGGAAGAGCUCGGCGUGCUUGGUGAAAUGGAGCUCAUCACGGACUUGUUCGGACUGCAGCUUGCGACAAAGGGUGGUUAUCUGGACACUCUUCUGGUUACCUUCGUCGAUGAGACACGAGUUUUUCAGUUCAACUUUGAUGGAGAGGUUGAAGAAUUGGACAGCUUCCUUGGUCUCAGCCUUUCAGAGAACACACUUCUCGCUAUGAAUCUUCCUGGAGGGAGGAUCUUGCAGGUCACCGAACAGAGAGUUCUCAUCGCAGAUAUCGAAGGCGGCAUGGUUACCAAUGAAUGGACCCCGCCGGACAAUUUAGUGAUCACUUCUGCUUCUGCUAACAAUGAUUCGAUCGUUCUCGUCAGUGGCGGCCAACUUAUGACGGUCCUCGAUAUCAACAAUGAUGUUCGGGUUAUAUCUCAGAAGGACUUUGGAGCAGACAGCCAGAUUUCAGGAGUCACGGUACCCUUAUCUUCGGCCGGAGUCUGUAUCGUUGGUUUCCCUCAAUUGGCAAAGGUCUCGGUAUUAGACCUUGGCCGUCUAUCGGAGCUCCAUACGACGUCGCUGGGCCCAGCUGGUGAAGCUUUCCCACGAUCCGUACUUGUUGCCGAUGUCCUUGCAAAUAGCCCUUCCACCCUCUUCAUUUCGAUGGCAGAUGGCAGCGUCAUAACCUACUCCUUCGACGCAAGUAACUACUCCUUGACCGGAAUGAACAGGCUCAUACUUGGGUCUGAGCAGCCUACCUUCAAGAAGCUGCCUCGAGGCGAUGGGCUGUAUAAUGUCUUCGCCACAUGCGAGAACCCCAGCUUAAUAUACGGCUCUGAAGGUCGCAUUAUCUACUCUGCGGUUAAUUCGGAGGGUGCGUCUCGGGUAUGUCACUUCAACUCGGAGGCGUAUCCUGGAUCGAUUGCGGUGGCCACCAGGCACGACUUGAAGAUUGCUCUCGUGGACAAGGAGAGGACAACACAGAUCCAGACGCUUCCUAUGGGCGAAACUGCCCGUAGAGUUGCAUAUUCACCGUCUGAAAAGGCUUUUGGUAUCGGCACCAUAGAGCGCAAAUUGAAGGACGGGGCUGAGAUGGUCCAAAGCCGGUUUGUGUUAGCUGAUGAGAUCAUGUUCCGUCGUCUCGACGCCUUUGAUCUUCGGCCGGAGGAGUUGGUCGAGAGUGUCAUUCGCGCGGAAUUCUCUGCGGGCAAAGAUGAAAAUGGUCGGGACGUAUUCAAAGAUCGGUUCGUUGUGGGAACAGCAUAUUUGGAUGAUGAAAACGAAGAGUCAAUCCGAGGUCGGAUCUUAGUCUUCGAAAUUGACAACGGUCGAAAAUUGACCAAAGUCGCGGAGUUGCCUGUCAAAGGUGCAUGCCGCGCGUUGGCUAUGCUCGGAGAGAAGAUUGUAGCCGCUCUUGUGAAAACGGUCGUCAUCUAUGGAGUGGUGAACAACGACUUUGGCGCGAUGAAGCUCGAGAAGUUGGCCAGCUACCGCACAUCCACCGCCCCCGUCGACGUGACCGUAACGGGCAACGUGAUUGCCGUCGCCGACCUCAUGAAGAGUGUAUGUCUGGUGGAGUACAGCGAGGGCGAGAAUGGGAUGCCCGAUAGCUUGACAGAAGUGGCUCGCCACUUUCAGACCGUUUGGGCCACCGGUGUCUCCUGUAUUGCCAAGGACACAUUCCUGGAAACUGACGCCGAAGGUAACUUAAUUGUUCUUCGACGCAACUUGACCGGCGUGGAGGAAGACGACAAGCGCAGGCUCGAAGUAACUGGGGAGAUCUCGUUGGGCGAAAUGGUCAACCGCAUUCGACCGGUCAAUAUUCAACAAUUGGCGAGUGUGACGGUCACUCCGAGGGCUUUUCUGGGCACAGUGGAAGGUUCCAUCUAUCUCUUUGCCAUUAUCAACCCAGAGCACCAGGACUUCUUGAUGCGUCUGCAGGCAACCAUGGCGGGCAAGGUCGAGUCGCUGGGAAACAUUCCAUUCAAUGAGUUCCGUGGUUUCCGCAGCAUGGUGCGAGAGGCUAAAGAGCCGUACCGCUUUGUGGAUGGCGAGCUGAUUGAGCGGUUCUUGACCUGCGAGCCGAGUCUCCAGGAAGAAAUUGUGGACUCGGUGGGCAUGAUGAACGUUGAUGAAGUAAAGAUUAUGAUAGAAGCCCUGCGCAGGCUACAUUGAGUGUGGCAGGUAGGAUCUGAAGAGCAAUAAUGAUUGAGUUAUGGUAAGACGAGGUCGAAACUUGCACUGGCGUAUCUGCACAUGUUCAUUGCUAUGCUUUGCAGCACUUUCUUGGGCUUGGAUAACUAACCUGCAUCACAUCAAAAGGCUCGGCAGCCAUGUGAGCUCAUGUCACGCGGAGACUUGGUGACUCUAAUCCGGACCAACACC